AUGUUUCUCCUAAUCCUUCUAACUCUUCCAAUCAUCGCCGACUUCAAACGUCUCCCACAAAUCUACUGGAAUUCCACAAAUCCUUUGUAAGUCCUCAAAUCAGCCGCUUUCAAAUAUUGAUUGACUCAAAAGAGGUUCCCGACACAAAAAUAAAUACACAUGUUCCAAUAAAUACAUGUGUCUGUAUAAUUUACUAGGUGGUCCUGGUCCCUUGAACAAAUAAGCUUAAACCGAUAUAGUGCUUCUUCUUUGAUAUAUUAUAUUUUUCAUAAUCCGCCUUGGGAAAGAAAGCAUAUUUUCAAGGUCUUCUUCUAUUUUCUGAAAGAAAGAAAGCGGAUUAUCUUUAUACACAGUUGUAUAUUUAGCAAGUUUUGAUAGUUUUAUUAUAGGAAGUUGUAAAAGCGUAGGGUACAUACAAUAUCUAUUAAAAAAAUAAAAAUGUUGGGCGGCGUGUUGGGUCGAACCCUGACUUGUGGGGUCGAACCCUGACUUGUGGGAUCGAACUCUGAUUUGUGGGGUCAAACCCUGAGUUAAAAACGUUAAAACUUUUUUUUUAAUCACUGCAUUAGGAAUCUCUCCCGGCUGUCAUUAUUUGUUUAUCCGAUAAACAAGUGUAUUUUUUGUGGGAUGCUGCAGAUGUUCACGAUCCCCCCUGAUUUAAUCUGACCAUAUGUGAUGACCUCGGACCCCGAGAGAAGCUCCUUAUUAAAAAUUUGGGCUCACAAUAUUUUUCAUAUGUUAUAACAAAUGAUCUUGUGAGAUAAAAGAGAGAAAGGCGAAUCUUGUCAUCAUGACAUGUUAUAUGUUGUAAUAUGUGGUCGUGUACUACUCGACUGAUUUAUGAGAGAGGACCACAGGUGUCCCGAGAAAUAUUGGUGUUUUGAAAUUCGAAUACUCUCAUUUUGUUUCGCAAAAAUAAACAAUAAUGUAUAUAAAAUAACAUAAAAAGUUCGAAUUUCAUUUAUAAUAUUUGUCCAAAAAGAGUAACUUCCAAGUGCGUAAAAGUGCCCCCCUAAUAAUUAGUAAGCACUUGAAUGUAACCACUGUAAGUAUACAAAUAUCUAUCUAAGAACAUCAAUAUUUAUCCCCUUCGUGUCACAUUUCACUAUAUUUGUUUUGUCUCUUCUGUUUUUUACAAUCACGAAGGACUAGACCUAGGCUAAUCAAGUGUUUUGAACAAGUGGGGGAAGAGAAUUUCCAUAAUUAACUCGUUUUGGUUUGGUUUAUUAAGUGACAUUUGUGCAGACAAUUGCUUGGACAAAUUAAAUUUUUCGAGAGAGAGCACACACAACUUCCGAUUUACAUAUGUCCACAACAUUUAGGAACGGACGGGGAUAUUUGAUAUUUUGUUACAUCACAUGAAAUGGAAUAUCGGGUUUUGAAAAUGAAAAUUUUGAAAAAUUUAAAAAUUCAUAAAUGUCUUGUGGCUAAAACCCUCUUUAAGCAGCAUGGGAACUCGACGUUUAAAUAUUAAAAAUUUCUGAAUUUCUGAUUCUGUAGAAGCUCAAGGCUGAUUAGGCUUCCGCCCGGAAAUGUCCUUCAAUCGAUUCAUAUCUACAUACCUAGACUAAUCCGAUACGACUCGAACCCAUUGUUAUUAUAAUUUUGUAAUCUAAUCGACCUCGCCCCAAGAUACUUCCGUUCGUUCCGCACCUUAUUCACAAAUGUAUGUAUGUAUGUACAUAACUAAUCACAAAACCCUCUUCUCUUUCAAAUAGUCAAUUAACAUACAAAUGGCGGGAGGUAGUCCUUUGAUCGUUGCGGGACCAAAAAGUAAUCCGGCCAGCUAGGUGAACAUGGGUCAAUUGGGAUUUAUGUAGAUUUUUUUGCAUAUGAUACAACCUUGAGAAGGAAGGGUUAAGGGGAUUUUUAACGUUUUACCGUUACCGUAAGUUCAAGGGUUUAUGUUUUUUGAACCUUAAUACUCAUUUAACGUUUAACGGCUUUUAGGCUUUCUACCGUAAAAUUCAUUUUAAGGGGUUUACGGGCCCAAAACUUUAACACAAAUUUUAACGUUUUACCGUUUCUGGGGCUUUUUACCGUGAAAUCCACAUCGUUAAUUAAUUUUACACAGAAUUUUUAAAUAAAUCUUAACAAAUGUUUUCAAUGAGUAAAAUAUUCACGACACCGCGCUUAAAAAUCUCCCAGAUCUAGUCAAUUUGUUUCAAGUGGCGGGCGGUAGGCCCGCUUUGAAAAUCGACUCUUGUACACCUGCUGCAGCUGCACUACGUCGAAUUAUGCAAUAUAAUCUGUCUUUCCUGACUUAUCCCAACUAUUUCUCUUUUUUGUAUUAUUCUAUUGACAGGGAAAAACGUAAUAAGAAAGAUAGGCGAGGCGAGAAAAAUAUAAUUACUAUAUAAGGAAGAAAUACACUGUGAUACCCAUCAAUUACCAAAUAUUUUCCACCUCACUGAGUAAAUGAUCUGAACCCACCAAACAAACAGCUGACUGUUAUGUAAUAGAAAAUCAGUUUGAUCAGGGGUCGUGUUGGGUCAUUUUAAAGGAACAACUUUUUGGGUCAAUUUCGAUUUUGAAACAAUAGUCGUUUCAAGACCCAUUACAUAUUUAUGCGAUUCAUUUUUGCAGAGUUGAACGAUAUGCGGCAAUUGGUGAUACAUUGGACAUAAUUUGUCCAUAUUUUGAAAUUUCCGAAAAACACAAUGAGCAAUCAAUUAUUUAUCGAGUCAGUGAAGAGGAAUAUGAGAAUUGUGAGCGGAAAUCGACGGCGAAAGAGCUCGGUAGAUGCACACAGCCUUAUGAGCAUGAGAAGUUGAAGGUGGCGUUUCGAUUGAUUAGUCCGAAUCCGAGUGGAUUGGAUUAUCGACCGGGAAAUACUUAUUAUUUUAUUUGUGAGUUUUUUUUUUUGGGUUGAAAUGACUGGAGAGUAUAAUAAUUUUCAAGAUAAUUGUUGAAUUUUGCAAAUAAAUUUUUUAUUUUUGAAAUUUUAAAGAUUUGAAAGUUUGCUACGUGAAUUUAUUUGGCUCAAAAAGAUUUCGGAAAAUUUUGAAGAUUUCGGAAAAAAUUAGCCACGUGGAUUUAUUUGGCUCAAAUUUUUAAAAGUUUAAAAUUUGCCACGUGAAUUUUUUCCGCUGAUAUCAAAAGAUUUUGGAAAAAAUUCGCACGUGGAUUUAUUUCUGAAAAAUUUUGCCACGUGGAUUUUGGGCCCAACUUUUAAAGAUUUGAAAAAUUUAAAAAUUUGCCACGUGGAUUUAUUUCGGAAAAAAAUCCACGUGAAUUUAUUUCGCCGAAAUCAAAUGAUUUAGGAAAAAAUUGCCACGUGGAUUUUUUGGGGCCAAAUUUUGAAAACUGUGCAAAAUUGCCACGUGGAAUUAUUUCGCUGAUAUCGAAAAAUUUUAGAAAAAAUUUGCCACGUGGAUUCAUUUCUGCAAAAUUUUGGCCAAAAUUUUAAAGAUUUGAAAAAUUUUCCACGUGGAUUUAUUUCGCCAAAAUCAAGCUUGAUUUUGGUCAAGAUUUCGGUAAAAAUUUGCCACGUGGAUUUAUUUCUGAAAAAUCUUGCCACGUGGAAUUUUUUAGCCCAAAUUUUAAAGAUUUCAAAAAACUUAAUAAAAAAUGCCACGUGGAUUUUUGGCCCAAACUUUAAAGAUUUGAAAAAUUUAAAAAUUUGGCACGUGGAUUUUUUUAAAAUAUUUUUUUCAAAACAUCUAAAUCCAUAAUUUUUCCAGCAACUUCUACUGGAAGCUCAGAUGGUCUGAACAAUGAAUUGGGUGGACUUUGCGCAAGUCACAGCCUAAAAAUGGUCAUCCACAUCACCGAUAGAAAUGGCGAUAUUCAUCAUCAUCAUCGACAUCAUCAUUUGAAAAAGCUACCAACUUCAACUGAAAAAGUGACAACUUCUACGGUCACAUCGAGAGAAGAGAGAGAGCCCAAGAAUCUAGACACAGAGAAGCUAUGGGAUAAUUUUGUCGAGAAAAUCGGGCCGAUCGAAGAAACCUGGUCGUCGGAGAUUCCAACUCCAGUUCGCGGAGAACGCCUGAAUCUCUACGCUGGCAAUAAGAAAGAUGAAUAUGAACAGAUUCAGCUACAGGAGGGCAACGAGAUUAUUGAAUUUCAGAUCCAUGAGAUCGGAGAUCCCGAUUUCUUAUAUAGUUCUACCCGCAGACAUAUUUUAUUUGCCCCCAUUUUCAUUGCAAUUAUUUUCUAUUUACUAUAA